UGGCUGGCCGCGGAGUCCGCCGUUGCUUUCGGCAGCGGCUGAGGCGGCUGAGUGGAAAAUGGCUCGGACCGUGGCGGCUGUGGAGGCUUGGGUUGCGGUGGAGGCAGAGGCUCAGGCAGCGUGAGGUGAGGAGCGGUCUUGCUAUUUUGGAAGCUACAAGAAAAAAAAUAGAUUGGAGAAGGUUUGGUCUUUUAAGUGGACAUGGCUCAGAUAUCCAACAACAAUGGGUUUAAGCAAUGUUCAUCUUCACAUCUGGAACCAACAAGAACAAAAGAUGUGGGCAAAGAAGAAGCAUUACAGAUGGAAGCAGAGGCUUUAGCAAAACUGCAAAAGGGUAGACGGGUGACCGAUAACCAGAGAGGCUAUGAGUGGUCAAGCAGCACCAGACAAAAAGCACAAGUUUAUAGCAAACAGGAUUAUGAUCUCAUGGUGUUUCCUGAAUCAGAUACCCAAAAAAGAGCAGUAGAUAUUGAUGUAGAAAAGCUUACCCAAGCUGAACUUGAGAAACUAUUGCUGGAUGACAGUUUCGAGACUAGAAAAACACCUGUAUUGCCAGUUACUCCUGUUCUGAGCCCUUCAUUUUCAGCACAGCUCUAUCUUAGACCUGCUAUUCAGAGAGGACAGUGGCCACCUGGAUUAUCUGGGCCUUCCAGUUACUCUUUACCUUCUGUUUACCAGUCAACUUACAGUAGUAAACAGACUGUAUUCCAAAAUGGCUUCAAUCCAAGAAUGCCUACUUUUCCAUCCACAGAACCUAUAUAUUUAAGACUUCCAGGACAGUCUCCAUAUUUUUCAUAUCCUUUGACACCCACCACACCGUUUCAUCCACAGGGAAGCUUACCUAUCUAUCGUCCAGUAGUCAGUCCUGACAUGGCAAAGCUGUUUGACAAAAUAGCUAGUACAUCAGAAUUUUUAAAAAAUGGAAAAGCAAGGACUGAUUUGGAGAUAACAAAUUCAAAAGCUACUAUCAGCAAUCUACAGGUAUCUCCAAAGUCUGAAGAUAUCAGUAAGUUUGACUGGUUAGACUUGGAUCCUCUAAGUAAGCCUAAGGUGGACAAUGUAGAGGUAUUGGACCAUGAAGAAGAGAAAAAUAUACCAGGUUUGCUAGCAGACGAUCCUUGGGAUGCUGUUCUUCUUGAAGAGAGAUCACCAGCAAGUUGUCACCUUGAAAGAAAGGUGAAUGGAAAAUCUCUUUCUGGGGCAACAGUAACAAGAAGCCAGUCUUUAAAUAUUCGAACAACUCAGCCUACAAAAGUCCAGGGCCAAAUAUCUCAGAAAGGCCCAAAUGGGACCAGUACUUUGCCAACUGAAAGUUCUCUUCUACAAGAAAUUGAAGUACAGAAUGAGGAAGUGGCAGCUUUUUGUCAAUCCAUUACAAAAUUGAAGACCAGCUUUCCAUAUACCAGUCACUGCACAAAUCCAGGCUAUUUGUUAAGUCCAGUCACAGUGCAAAGAAACAUAUGUGGAGAAAAUGCUAGCGUGAAGGUCUCCAUUGAAAUUGAAGGAUUUCAGCUACCAGUUACCUUUACAUGCGAUGUGAGUUCUACUGUAGAAAUCAUAAUAAUGCAAGCCCUUUGCUGGGUACAUGAUGACUUGAAUCAAGUAGAUGUUGGCAGCUAUGUUCUUAAAGUUUGUGGUCAAGAGGAAGUGCUACAGAAUAAUCAUUGUCUUGGAAGUCAUGAACAUAUUCAGAACUGUCGAAAAUGGGACACAGAGAUUAAACUACAACUUUUGACGUUCAGCGCAAUGUGCCAAAAUCUGGCCCGAACAGCAGAAGAUGAUGAAACACCUGUGGAUUUAAACAAACACCUGCAUCAAAUAGAAAAACCUUAUAAAGAAGUCAUGACAAGACAUCCUGUUGAAGAACUUUUAGAUUCUUAUCACAACCAAGUGGAACUGGCUCUUCAAAUUGAAAACCAGCAUAGAGUGGUAGAUCAAGUAAUUAAAGCUGUAAGAAAAAUCUGCAGUGCUUUAGAUGGUGUGGAGACUCUUGCCAUUACAGAAUCGGUAAAGAAGCUGAAGAGAGCAGUUAAUCUUCCAAGGAGUAAAAGUGCUGAAGUGACUUCACUAUCUGGAGGAGGAGACACUAGCAAGAGUUCAACUAGAGGCUCACUGAAUCCUGAAAAUCCUGUUCAAGUAAGCAUGGACCAGUUAACUGCAGCAAUUUAUGAUCUUCUCAGACUCCAUGCAAAUUCUGGUAGGGGUUCUGUAGACUGUGCCCACAGUAACAGGAACAUCAAGGAAGCAUGGACCACAACAGAACAGCUCCAGUUUACAAUUUUUGCUGCACAUGGAAUUUCGAGUAACUGGGUAUCAAAUUAUGAAAAAUACUUCUUGAUAUGUUCCCUGACUUACAAUGGAAAGGAUCUUUUUAAACCUAUUCAAUCAAAGAAGGUUGGCACUUAUAAGAAUUUCUUCUAUCUUAUUAAAUGGGAUGAACUAAUCAUUUUUCCCAUCCAGAUAUCACAAUUGCCAUUAGAAUCACUUCUUCACCUUACUCUUUUUGGAAUUUUAAAUCAGAGCAGUGGAAGUUCCCCUGAUUCUAAUAAGCAGAGAAAGGGGCCAGAAGCUUUGGGCAAAGUUUCGUUACCGCUUUUUGACUUUAAACGGUUUUUAACAUGUGGAACUAAACUUCUGUAUCUUUGGACUUCAUCACAUACAAAUCCUGUUCCUGGAACAGUCCCCAAAAAAGGAUAUGUGAUGGAAAGAAUAGUGUUACAGGUUGAUUUUCCUUCUCCUACAUUUGAUAUCAUUUAUACCACUCCUCAAGUUGACAGAAGCAUUAUACAGCAACACAACUUAGAAACAUUGGAGAAUGAUGUAAAAGGGAAACUUCUUGAUAUUCUUCACAGAGACUCAUCACUUGGACUUUCUAAAGAAGAUAAAGCCUUUCUGUGGGAGAAACGUUAUUAUUGCCUCAAACACCCAAAUUGUCUUCCUAAAGUACUAGCAAGUGCCCCAAACUGGAAAUGGGUUAAUCUUGCCAAAACUUACUCAUUGCUUCGGCAGUGGCCUCCAUUGCACCCACUGACUGCGUUGGAGCUUCUUGAUUCAAAAUUUGCUGAUCAGGAAGUGAGGUCCCUAGCUGUGACCUGGAUUGAGGCUAUUAGUGAUGAUGAGCUAACAGAUCUUCUUCCACAGUUUGUGCAGGCUUUGAAAUAUGAAAUUUACUUGAACAGUUCAUUAGUGCGCUUCCUUCUGGCCAGGGCAUUGGGAAAUAUACAGAUAGCACACAAUUUAUAUUGGCUCCUCAAGGAUGCCCUGCAUGAUGCACAGUUUGGUGCCCGAUAUGAACAUGUUUUGGGUGCUCUCCUCUCAGUAGGAGGAAAAGGACUCAGAGAAGAACUUCUGAAGCAGGCCAAACUUGUACAGCUUUUAGGAGGAGUAGCAGAAAAAGUAAGGCAGGCUAGUGGAUCAGCCAGACAGGUUGUCCUCCAAAGGAGUAUGGAACGAGUACAGUCCUUUUUUCUAAGAAAUAAAUGCCGUCUCCCUCUCAAUCCAAGUCUUGUGGCAAAAGAAUUAAAUAUUAAGUCAUGUUCCUUCUUCAGUUCUAAUGCUGUGCCCCUGAAAGUCACAAUGGUGAAUGCUGAUCCAAUGGGGGAAGAAAUUAACGUCAUGUUUAAGGUUGGUGAAGAUCUUCGGCAAGAUAUGUUAGCUUUACAAAUGAUAAAGAUUAUGGACAAGAUCUGGCUUAAAGAAGGACUAGAUCUAAGGAUGGUAAUUUUCAAAUGUCUCUCAACUGGCAGAGAUCGAGGCAUGGUGGAGCUAGUUCCUGCUUCAGAUACCCUCAGGAAAAUCCAAGUGGAAUAUGGUGUGACUGGAUCCUUUAAAGAUAAACCACUUGCAGAGUGGCUGAGGAAAUACAAUCCCUCUGAAGAGGAAUAUGAAAAGGCUUCUGAGAAUUUUAUCUAUUCUUGUGCUGGAUGCUGUGUAGCCACCUAUGUUUUAGGUAUCUGUGAUCGACACAAUGACAAUAUAAUGCUUCGAAGCACAGGACACAUGUUUCACAUUGACUUUGGAAAGUUUUUGGGCCACGCACAGAUGUUUGGUAGCUUCAAAAGGGAUCGGGCUCCUUUUGUGCUGACCUCUGAUAUGGCGUAUGUCAUUAAUGGGGGUGAAAAGCCCACCAUUCGUUUCCAGUUGUUUGUGGACCUCUGCUGUCAAGCCUACAACUUGAUAAGAAAGCAAACAAACCUCUUCCUUAACCUUCUUUCACUGAUGAUUCCUUCAGGGUUACCAGAACUUACAAGUAUUCAAGAUUUGAAAUAUGUUAGAGAUGCACUUCAACCCCAAACUACAGAUGCAGAAGCUACAAUUUUCUUUACUAGGCUGAUUGAAUCAAGUUUGGGAAGCAUUGCCACAAAGUUUAACUUCUUCAUUCACAACCUUGCUCAGUUGCGUUUUUCUGGUCUUCCUUCCAAUGAUGAGCCCAUCCUUUCAUUUUCACCCAAAACAUACUCCUUUAGACAAGAUGGUCGAAUCAAAGAAGUCUCUGUUUUCACUUAUCAUAAGAAGUACAACCCAGAUAAACAUUAUAUUUACGUAGUCCGAAUUUUGAGGGAAGGACAGCUUGAGCCAUCAUUUGUGUUCCGGACAUUUGACGAGUUUCAGGAACUUCACAAUAAGCUCAGUAUUAUUUUUCCACUUUGGAAGUUACCAGGCUUUCCUAAUAGGAUGGUUCUAGGGAGAACACACAUAAAAGAUGUAGCAGCCAAAAGAAAAAUUGAGUUAAACAGUUAUUUACAGAGUUUGAUGAGUGCUUCAACAGAUGUAGCAGAGUGUGAUCUUGUUUGUACCUUUUUCCACCCUUUACUUCGUGAUGAGAAAGCUGAAGGAGUAGCUAGGUCUGCCGAUGCAGGUUCCUUCAGUCCUACUCCAGGCCAAAUAGGAGGAGCAGUGAAAUUAUCUGUCUCUUACCGAAAUGGCACUCUUUUCAUCAUGGUGAUGCACAUCAAAGAUCUUGUUACUGAAGAUGGGGCUGACCCAAAUCCAUAUGUCAAGACAUACCUACUUCCAGAUACCCACAAAACAUCCAAACGUAAAACCAAAAUUUCACGAAAAACUAGGAAUCCAACAUUCAAUGAAAUGCUUGUGUACAGUGGAUAUAGCAAAGAAACCCUAAGACAGAGAGAACUUCAGCUAAGUGUACUCAGUGCAGAAUCUCUGCGGGAGAAUUUUUUCUUGGGUGGAAUAACCCUACCUUUGAAAGAUUUCAACUUGAGCAAAGAGACAGUUAAAUGGUAUCAGCUGACUGCAGCAACCUAUUUGUAAGCUAGUGAAUUUCUGAGCUUUGGAAGCAAGAAUAGUUAUAGACAUGUGCAGACACACGUGAACUUUGUAUAAUAUUUUUAUACUGGACAGAAAUUAUAAAGUAAAUGUACUUGCUGCAUUUCAACACAUCUGUUGGACCAACAGUUACUUAACUUUUAUGAAUUUGUUGACUCCAUUGCUGUUUUAAAGUCAUUGUAUAGAAUGCUGUAAAUCCUAAACUUAAUAUAUAAUAAGUCCUGAAAAAGACUUUGAGUUGGUGAAGGAGUUAAUCCUUUCUUGAGUAAUUCAGAGUAAUAGCUUUAGUGUGGUCUGAUAGUAUUGUCAGUUCAACCAUCUAUUUUGCAUUGUUUCUUACACAGACAUAGCAUGUUUGUUUUCCUGUUUUGCACCUUUUACAGCCUUUACCACUGUGUAUGUUCACAAACACCAAAGGAGAGGAAAGGUGCAGGAUGUUACCAUAAAAUGCAGCUGCUAUUCACAGGGCUGAAAAGCAAAGCACAAAUAAUAAAUAGUUAUGUUAAGAACUACUAAGCAGUUUAUAGAAGUAGGGGAAAAUAACAUUGCUUUUUAUUAUUCAUGUCUUUAAAACCUUUUUCAGAAUAAGUGCCAAUCACUGAAGUUGUAAAUAAUGGUGCCUUAACUUCAUAUGCUUCUCUGGCACUUCAUUCUGAGUUUUUUCCUGACUUAAUAGUAAGUAGUUUUCACUCCCUUUUUACUAAAGACAAGAAAUUAUGUAAAUUUACUAAUGCUUUUCCCACAGAUAGAUCAUCUUCUGUACUUCAUAUGUGUGACUUAUUAGUUAUUUAAACAUCAGCCAUUUGUUUUAUGUUUUCGUUGCCCAGUAACUGAAUGAGAUUCAUCAAUGUAGAUGUACACUAUAUUCCAUCAUUCCAUUAUUAUCCUACAUUUAUUCUCAGGAGGGUGAACUGAAGUUUGGUAAUUUUACCUCCAUAUAUCUAUACUCCACUCCCUCAUUAAACGAGAGAAAAUAUUCCCUUAAGUGUCCAUUCCUGUUCGGUAGAAGAACUCCACGAGUAGGGCAGACUCUUCACAAGAGGCCCAGGGCAAGAACUCUAGGGUCCAGACUAAAUUUUAAUGUAGACCUUUAUGGCACAGUUUGUCUUGUACACUGUCUUACUUACCUUUGUAAACAUUUUACAUUCGCAUGAAUUACUUUCCUUAAUAUAAUGAGAUUUAGAAUCAUAAGGGACAUGAUUGAAAUCAUUCUAUAGUAACCAUUGAGAACAGGGUUCACUUUUAUUAGUUAUUCAUUCAACUUCACACAUAAUUUUGUGUUUAGUUUGGAUAAAUAGGUAUAUAUAAUAUUAAUUCUCAUGGCUAGAAUAGGAAUUCACUUUUAAGUGGUAAGGGACUGUAGCAAUCUAGUUGCUGUGAAAUAACUGACAAAACAUUCAAUGCAAAAUACCAAGAAAGGAAGGACAAUUCUCUGAUUCAGUUGCCCAGAACAGAAUUUUUAUAAACUGUGCAAAUGUUUAAUGUAAAUGGUGAUACCUGCAGAGCAGACAAAGAAGAGUUGAGAAUGUAUCAGUGGGACAGGUUAAAAAAAAACUUGAAAUUUUUGGUGCCUAACACUAAUGGUCCACUUGUAGGAAACCCCGUAUGAUAUAUGAAUGUCUUUUUUUAUAUUAAAAUGUGUUGUCUAUUUAAUAAGUUAAUUAAAAGGCAGAUCAAAACACCGCUGUUUAUUUGCUUUUUCCACAUACAGUUAACAUUUCCUUAAAGUGUGUAAGUAGCUUUGCAAAUGUGAAGUACUAGAUAUUUUCACUUGUUUUUAAGACCUAAUUCCAUUCCAUGAAUUGUCACUUAGCCACUGUUAAAAAAAAAAAAAAAAAAAGAAAAGAAAAAAAAGUACUGUCUUAGUAAAAGGUCACUGUUACUUGGACUCACUGUAUACUGCCUGUUUGCAAUCUGUUAUAGCAGUGUCUUUUAUACAAAUAGUAGAGCUAGAAAAUGUGAUGUCACUUUUCAAUUACAAGAAAUAUGGAUUUUUUAUCCAAAAAUGUAUAUUAAACACUCUGUAUAGUUAACCAGAGUUCAAAACAAGUGGUAAUCUUUCUCUUAAUUUAACUCAUUAUGUGCCUUCUUUGGUCAUUAAAAAAACACACAUACGUUAAACAUAUUUUAAAUAUAAGUUAUUUCUUUGUGAACGCUAAUCUUCAGUCCUUACCAAAAACAAACAAACAAAAAAUGACAGAGGCACCUCUUUGCACUACUUGCUAUCAAUAAAUUUUUAAAUGUUUUUUUAAACAUUUUUUUAAAGCUUGCAUUAAAGUAAAUCUGAAACAAAAGUUUAAACAAACUAGCCAAGACACUAAUUUUUAUGUAUAAUCACAGUGUUUUAUACCUAUCUUUACUGAGUAAAAAGUUAUGCUUAAGUCGUACACCAAAAGAAUUUUUUCCCCUUGCAGUGUUUUGGGAUUUGAAAAUAAUGGUUUACUCAAAGAACCUAUUAUUUUCUCUACUGAGGAACCCAAUGUAGAACUUGCACUGAUGUUUUUAUUACUGCCUUUAUAAGAAUCUGUAGGUAUCUAAAUGUUAAGGCACGUAUGAUCUUUGAUAAAGUAUUCUUUUAUCUUUUCAAAUUAAUGUUGUGUAAAAGUUUCAAUAUCUUGCCUUUAUAAGAAUCUGUAGGUAUCUAAAUGUUAAGGCAUGUAUGAUCUUUGAUAAAGUAUUCUUUUAUCUUUUCAAAUUAAUGUUGUGUAAAAGUUUCAAUAUCUUGCCUUAAAUUGGUUGACUGUUCUUUCUAGGAUUCAUGUGGCAUUUAAAAAAGAAAACUUUAAAUUUGAUACUUAGACUUCAGAUCAAAAAGGAGUCAAGCCCCACUACCAUAAUCCAUGGAUUUACUUACAUGCUGUUUGACUAGCAAUGCAAAUAUGAAUAAAUAUGGCAGUUAGUCUCAUCUAUAAGAACCAAUUACUUUAAUUAUGUUAAGGUAGUUAAUAAAGAUGUAUAAUAUUUUUAUUAAUACCUUGAAUAUAUUCAGUGGAUUGAAUGUGACUUCAUAACUGUACUACAAUUGUAUUAAAAUAUUUCUGGAACAAAGGAACUCUGCUAUCAUUUCAUUUUUUUAAAGAUUUUUUUUGAUGUGGACCAUUUUUAAAGUCUUUAUGGAAUUUGUUACAUUAUUGCUUCUGUUUAAUGUUUUGGUUUUUUGGCCGCGAGGCAUGUGGGAUCUUGGCUCCCUGACCAGGGAUCAAACCCACACCCCCUGCAUUGGAAGGCAAAGUCUUAACCACUGGACCACCAGGGAAGUCCCCAUGCUAUGAUUUCUUUCCUCAUCCACAUAUUAACAUUUUUGGUUCCAGACUUUGAUAUGACCUCACUGUUGCUGUUCUUUGCAUCCAACCCAGGAGUUUAUUAGAUUCAGAUAAUCCUGAAUAUCAGAACUGGCCUGUGAUCUGCCCCUAAAAAUGUCCAAAUAGAGUGUCUGACUUCUAAGUGUGGUUCUUGGAAGGUCUGGAUUGCCACUUUGUUAGAGCCCCAUCACCAUUUCAUAGAAGCGAAACGCUUCUGUGAGUAUGGUCCCUGGCUUUUGGUAAUUUACUUAAAUAUUAAGUAUGUCUAUAGCAUGGUUAUUACUAUACUAUCUUCAGAACAGAGAAUGUAGAUUCUUAAUACCAUACCUCCAUCCUGGAAUGAUACCAGUGAGGCUGUGGUUCUCUGAUCCUAGAGAUAACAUGUACAAGGGCCAGAGACCAUGAAAGAGCAAUAACUUAGAGCCAGUUUCUUUGGUUGAUAAACUCAGUUUGUAUCAGAAACAAAACAACUUUAUUUUACCCUUACUGUUUUGAAACACUUUAUCACGCAAAUUUUAGACAAAGUUAGACAACAGUAUAAUGAACUCCAUGAAUGAAUCCUGUCACACACCUUCAACAAUUAUUACCUUAGGGCCAAUCUUGUUUGAUCUAUAUUAAUGAUGAUGUGCCUAGGUGUAGAUAUCUUUAUUUUUUUCUAUUUAGGAUUCUUAAAUCUAUGGAUCAGUAACUUUCUUCAGUUCUGAAUAAUUUAUUAUGACUUCUUUUCCAAUUCACUACUUCUCUCUUCAACUGUUUAAUCCAUUCAUUGAGUUUUUAAUUUGGGUUAUUGUAUUUUUCACUUCUAUUUGGGGUUUUUUUUGUUUACUUGAAUCAUGAUCCAGAAAAGACAAGACUGCCAGGAUCAAUGUGGAAAGAAUAGUUCUUUUUCAACAAAUGGGGCUGAGACAAUUACAUAACCACAUGCAAAAAAGUGAAGUAGGACUCUUACAACAUAUACAAAACUUAAUUCAAAAUGGAUCAAAGACCUAAACAUAACUAAAAUUAUAAAGCUCUUAGAAGAAAACAUAGGUGUACAUCUUUGUAACCUAGAAUUAGGGUUUCUUUUCUUAUGUCACAAAAAGCACAAGCAACAAAAGAAAAACAGAUUGGUUUUCAUCAAAAUUUAAAACUGUGCAUCAAGGACACUAUUAAUAAAGUAAAAAGACAACUCACAGAAUGGGAGAGAAUAUUCACAUAUACCUGAUAAGGACCUGGUAUCUGGAAUACAUAAAGCACUCUUAAAAUUCAAGAGAAAGCAAACUCAGUUUUUAAAUGGGCAAAGGACUUUUGAACAGACUUUCUCCAGAAUGGCCGACAAUCACAUGAAAAGAUGCUCAAUAUCUCAGUCAUUAGGGAAAUACAAAACAACAUUGAGAUACCAAUUCACACCCACUAGGAUAGCUAGAAUUUAAAAAGUUAAGUGUUUGUGAGGAUGUGGAGAAAUUGGUGCCCUCAUACAUUGCUGUUAGGAAUGAAUGUAAAAUGGUGCCAGCUGCUGUGGAAAACACUGGCAGUUCUCAAAAAGUUAAACAUAGAGAGCUUCCCUGGUGGUGCAGUGGUUAAGAAUCCGCCUGCCAAUGCAGGGGACACGGGUUCAAGCCCUGGUCCGGGAAGAUCCCACAUGCCGCGGAGCAAAUAAGCCCGGGCACCACAACUACUGAGCCUGCGCUCUAGACCCCGCGAGCCACAACUACUAAAGCCCACGAGCCACAACUACUGAAGCCCGCGCGCCUAGAGCCCGUGCUCUGCAACGAGAAGCCACUGCGAUGUGAAGCCCACACACUGCAACGAAGAGUAGCCCCCGCUCACCGCAACCAGAGAAAGCCCGUGUGCAGCAACAAAGACGCAACGCAGCAAUAAUAAAAUAUAAAAUGAGUAAAUAAAUCUUUUUUUUAAAAAUAAAUCUUAAAAAAAAAGUUCUCCAAAAAGCAUGCCACAUUUAAAGGCAAUAGAAGGUAAAUAUCAUUUGAUUAAAAUUUAUACACAUCAUAUUUUAUCUUUAUUAUUACUGAAUAUACAAACGUGGCCAGAUAAAGUGAAUUGAAAACUAGUGGAGGGCUUAAACAUGACUAAAACAAACAAAAAACCCUGAAAUAAUAGUUAUAAUUCCUAUACCAUGAAAAAAUAUUUGAGUCAACAUUCCUAUAUCCUUAUUAGAAAAGUUGUAUGGUCUUUUUAACAACUGAUUUUUUAAAAUGAUUUUUUUUUAAAACCAGAGUGGUAUUCUCAAAACAAUCCAGCACUAGUAUUGGUUAUAUCACAGAUAUCCUUCAAAUCAUUCUACUACAAGACAUAAGUGUGAUAAGUUAGCGGGCUGAGGGCAAAUCAUUCUGGCAAUGCUUGAGUACUCAAAAACCUCAUGUAUAACUAAGAAAGUGAUUUGAUCCAAAUCACACACAGAUGUACAGUAAUCCAGGUCUAGAUUGCCAAAUCUUACUCUUCCUACUAUGCCUCCUGAAAUAAAGUUUGUAGUCUACACAUCUUCAUGAGGAAAAAAUUACUUCUUUAGAUUCAUUCUUUCAAAAUAUUAUUGACUGCCUAGUUAGGCACUGUUCUUGGUGCUGGAGGUGAGAGCAAUGAACAAUCUAAGAGUUCAAAUUUAUUGGAGGCAGACAACCAAACAAGCCAACUAGAAAGGAAAAAUGAAAGCACAAAAACAAACAUAAUAGAUCAAUGGAACAGAACAGAGAGCCCAGAAAUAAACCCACACACCUACAGUCAAUUAAUCUUCGACAAAGGAGGGAAGAAUAUACAAUGGAGAAGAGUCUCUUCAGCAAGUGGUGUUGGGAAAGCAGGACAGCUGCAUGUAAAUCAAUGAAGUUAGAAUACACCCUCACACCGUACACAAAAAUAAACUCAAAAUGGCUUAAAGACUUACAUAUCAGACAUGACACCAUAAAACUCCCAGAAGAGAACAUAGGCAAAACAUUCUGACAUAAAUCAUAGCAAUAUUUUCUUAGGUCAGUCUCCCAAGGCAAUAGAAAUAAA